GCUUUAAAAGUGAAUGCAAGAAUCGUGCUUUUGUGGAUGGACAUCGAUUCUCUCCGCCCAUGUUAUUCUCAUGCACACUCUGUAUUUGCUUCUUUUCAUGGCGGUCCGGCUGGUUUCAAUGACGCUUGUGGCUGGCCAGAUAUUGAGUGUAGGAAUAAUAUUGCUAUUAUUACUGGGAAAUUACCGAAACUUACAUAUUGUGCUGUUCUUGCAGAGAUCUGGAUCACAUCGAUGACAUUCUUGAAGUUUCCUAUGCACGCAGUCCAGCUGCGCCUCACAGAGAUAAAUUUGUUGGGAGUAAACCGUUGUUUCCUCCGUGUGAAAAUGGAAUACCACCCGGGAUACCUGCAUGGGGCCCUAACCCGCACUUGGGUCCGUUUAACUUUUCCAACAAAAGUAAAAACCCUUGCUGGUACCAAAGGAACAGCGACGAAGAGUUACAGUUCCUGUGCGUACCCUAUGGGUUUCUGGCCGGAAUCAGUAAAAGCGGAACAUCAGAUUUAUUUUUCCGCAUUUCAAAGCAUCCAGACUUUAUAAACAUCAAAAAGGAGUUUCACUGGUUUGACAGAGAACGAUAUUAUUACAACAGCACAUUUUUCCAGUAUGCCAACAGCUUUCAAGGGCUUGCCGAGCAAAUUGAGAAUGAUCUUCAGACAUCUGGAAAAAGUCAGAAGAUCACGAUGGACGGGUCACCCAGCUAUUUCUACGACAGCUACGAAUGGCUUCGUUUCUCUGGAAAUGAAGGAUGCUCAGAGCCUCGUGUAAUUCUACCCAGUCACAUCUAUCACUUGAAUCCUCGAGUCAAAAUUAUCCUUAUUUUCCGCCACCCAGUCCAGAGAUUAUACUCGCGGUUCCUGUUUGACUGGGGCAGAAACAAGUCCUGCCAGACUUACCUGACGCCAGAGAAGUUCCACGAGGACGUGGUGGACGGACUUGAAAAGUUCCUCACCUGCUUUAAGAGUCAGUCACUGCGUUACUGUGUGUACGACAAAACCCUCCGAGACAGUGUCAACAUGUUGCGGAUAUACGAAAAUAUGUAUUCCGUAUACCUUGAGGACUGGUUGAGAAUCAUCCCACGUGACCAGAUUUUAUUUCUACGAUUUGAUGAUUAUGUACGAUCCAUGGAAGUCCAGCUGACAAAGACAUUCGAAUUUUUGGAAAUGGAGCCUCUGGACCAUGCUAAGAUGACGUGGGUCCUUGCGCAGCAGCCAAAGAAUAAAGGUGUUCACACGGUCAGCGCCGGACCCAUGCUGCCAGAAACCAGGAAGAUUCUAGAAACUUUCUACAAGCCAUUUAUUCAACGCUUUGCAAGCAUGGUUGGCGACGACAAGUUUCUGUGGAAAGACAAUGUCUAUAUCUAGAGUGCUACUGUUUGCUGUCUACCAUUUGGUGAUGCUGCCUACAUUUAGAACGAUAAAGUUUCUUCCUGAGAAAAUUCCAGAUCGUUGAACUUUUUAUAUUUUCUGUACAGCCAGAAACAAAUUUGUCGUCGUGUGAAGACAAUGUAUUUGUCUUUUUUCUCUGGCCAAAGCACCUACAAAAGAUUGUACUUUUAGAUAUAUUAAGUCUAGUCACCAUGCUUUGUCCAUCCUGUUUCAAAUGACUUUACGAAGCGUCUAGUUUGUGAAUUCAAUCGCAUGGACAUGAACAUUUUGUAUCACCGUUCUCACUAUCUGGAAGGUGCUCCACUGGCCUAGUCACGUGUCCUCUAUAGACCCGUUGGUCGAUCUCGG